GCACGCGCUCCGCUCACGUCUGUUUCCCAGCGGAAAUUCAGACACAACGAAACUUUUUUCAGACUGAAACUGCACGAUUCUCUUCGUCUCUUCGUGAUGGACGCGGGGACCUCGAGCGUAAACCCUCCGUUCGCCGCGGGUCAGAGCGCGGGUCCGGGCGUAGGUCCGGGCGCAGGUCCGGGCGUAGGUCCCGGGCACGCCUCGGGUCCGGGCGCAGGUCCGGGCGUGUCCGAGGAGCAGACGCAUCAUAAGCCGUUCUUCUACGUGCAGCCGUCGCAUCCGUUCGUCCCGGUGCAGAGCGUCCAGUGGCCGCUGCCCGUGGCGCUGCCCUUCAACUACAGCCCGUACUACGGAGCACUGCCCGGACUCGGUUACGGACUCCCUCUGCUGCCGCACUUCCCGCCCGCUCCGUACAUGGAAGCGUCUCCGGGCUUCGUUCUGCCCCACACCCACCACCACCUCAUGGACUACAGACGCCUGCUCAACCCGCAGUACUACCAGUCCAUGGCCUACCACGCCCGACGCCUGCGCUACCAACAAAACCUCCCCACCCGAGACGUCACCAGCUCUGAAGUCCAAACCGAACCUCUGCCCGUGUCCCAGCGCACGAGCACGAGCACGCCGAGCCUAAACCAAACCGACGCCCAGAAGGAAUCCUCAAAUCUGUCCACAGCUUCGUCCGCGCAAAAAGACGAUCGUACGUUGGCGCUGAACGACUUGGCGCCUUUAACCGCGAACGCUACUCCGCAAAAAGGCAGUUUCGUUAUCGAGACCGAAGAGGUGAGGAUUGAAUGUUGCGCGUCGCCGGCCGGUUUACAAGUUCUGCAUUCGCACGAAACCUCGGAGAUGUCCAGAAGAUUCGCACAAGACGUCGUGCACUGCAGUUCCAUCGUGCAAAAUGGCGUUCGACCUGACGAUAAUGCGCAAAUCGUGAAUACGGAAAUCAAAAACGUCCGUUCGCCGCAACCGUGCCCCGAUAUUCUUCUAGUAGCAAAUCCAAACACUAACGAUAAAAACAUAGAAGUGGAAACCGCGGUUACGAAUAAUUCAAAGCUCAAAAUAUCCGCCGAUGUUGAAGCAAUCCGCAACGAGAAAAAUCUCAAAGUUGUGCGUCUUCCUUUCAACCCGAGAUAUUUGGCGGAACUGCGUAAAAUUGAGUCUUCGGUUUGGUCGGCGGAGGAGACUUUGACGCCGUCUUCGGAGUUCAUCAUGGAUUCUUGCAACGAAACCUUUCUUAGUGAAGCUGAAAAACGAAUUACAAGAGACAAAACUGGACAAGACGACGUCGUACCCUUCGUUUAUUUACCAAAAACGAUGAACGAAGAGUUGGAAAAUGCGAUCCCGACUUUCGAAAACUCUAUUGUGGAUUUACCGGACAAAGAAAUCCAGAAACAAUCUUGCGUUUACAGCAAAAUCGAUCUGAAAUGCUCGCAAAAUCUGCUCUCCGAUGAUUCGCCACUCGAUGGAAACCUUCAAGAACAGCCCGACACUUCGUUCGAGUCUCUCCCGGCGUAUUUACCGUCGACAAACUGGUUGGCCGAUUUCGAAAACACCAUCUAUGCCAAGAUGCCCCCGACUCCUCAAAAAGCAAACAAGCAAAUGGAAAGCAGAAGUUUGAUCGUUCCAGGAAGACGAAGGAAACUAGAUGCGGAAUUCAAAGACGUAACUGCGAUUCGAAAACCAAAAGAAAGGUACAAAUCAAAAGGGAACGCGGACCGGGGGAGCGUGUCCGAUCACGAAUGUUGCGUUAGUCGAAGCUACAACGAAAAUGCGUUUGUCUCUUACGCGACGAAGGGACAACGCUUGUGCACGAGAUGUAUGAGCAAGCAGAAAAUCUACAAAACGUCAACGAGUCCAGCGCAGCAGCAAGUUUCGCAGCGCAGAGUGACGCCGUUUCAACCGUGGAAUGACGACGUUUUGACGUGCGACGCGUGCAAAGGGCAUACGACGAAGCAGUUUGCGCGGAAAGGUUCGAUCCCUGAGAUCCGAGUGGACAGAGACGGGGAGGUGAGUCAAAACGGCUGCAAGUGGAGAUCGGAGGAGACGAGGAAAGAGACGAAGAGGCCGCUGGCUUUGAAACCGCAGAAUGUGGAGAAAUGUUAUUGGAAAACGAGGGAGAGGGGCUGUGCGUACGGCGAGCCCCAGCACGACCAGUGGCGCAGGGUUUAUCACUGUUGCCACGGAAACGCCAUCAGAGAAGCGGACGAGAACAGCGCGACGGCGACGGGCGCGGAGCCGGUGUACCUCGCUCACAGGUGGCAGACGGAAAAACCCUGGAAAUCUGCUCACGGAUACAACACGGAAAGUUUAAAAAAUGAUUUAAUUCGAGCACAACACCUGAAUCUGCACAAGAGAUCACUACCACUCCCACAGGGGACACACAGGAAAGACACGCGGUGCUGAUUUUGCACAGAACACAACUCAAGUGAACAGCGCACUUUUUAACCAACAUGCACCUUACUUAAUUUAUGUCCACUGUGUACAAACUCACAACGUUCACUAUUUAUUACCAGAGAAUAAACACAACUUUCUACCA